GAGGCGGCGCGGGGCGGACGCGCGCUUUGGAGGUGGAGGGCGGCGCCCGAGACCCUAGUGGGAGAGUGCAGGCGUCGUACAGGGAGGGGCGGGAGCAGGCGGUGGGAGGCGCGGGCAGCCGGAGCCCAGCUCGGGAAGCUCUAGUGCGAGGAGCGCUGCGCGCGGCGUCCACACCUCGCCAUGGGGCGCCCGCAGAGCCCUCGAUCGCCGCCGCCCGCGGUCCCGCUGCUGCUGCUGCUGCUGCUGCUGCUGCCGCCGCUGCCGCUCAGAGCCGGAGAACCCCUUCCCACAGAGGGCCGGCUCAUGAACAGCUGUAUCCAGGCCAGGAGGAAGUGCCAGGCUGAUCCCACAUGCAACGCGGCCUAUCACCACCUGGAUUCCUGCACUUCUAGUAUAAGCACCCCGUUGCCCUCAGAGGAGCCUUCAGUCCUUGCAGACUGCCUAGAGGCAGCACAGCAACUCAGGAACAGCUCUCUGAAAGGCUGCACGUGCCACCGUCGCAUGAAGAACCAAGCUACCUGCUUGAAUAUCUAUUGGACCGUUCACCGUGCCCACAAUCUUGGUGAAUAUGAGCUGGACAUCUCCCCCUAUGAAGACACAGUGACCAGCAAACCCUGGAAAAUCAAUCUCAACAAACUGAACAUGCUCAAACCAGACUCAGACCUCUGCCUCAAGUUCACUACUCUGUGUACUCUUAAUGAAAAGUGUGAGCGGCUGCGCAAAGCUUACGGGGAGGCGUGCUCUGGGGCCCGCUGCCAGCGCCAAGCCUGCCUUAGGCAGCUGCUCACCUUCUUCGAGAAGGCGGCAGAGCCCCACGCGCAGGGAAUGCUGCUCUGCCCGUGCGCGCCCACAGACCGUGGUUGUGGGGAGCGCCGGAAAAACACCAUCGCCCCCAGCUGUGCGCUGCCGUCGGUGGCCCCUAGCUGCCUGGAGCUACGGAGCCUCUGCCUCUCGGACCCGCUGUGCAGGUCACGCCUGGUGGAUUUCCAGACCCAUUGCCAUCCCAUGGACAUCCUAGGGACUUGUGCAACAGAGCAGUCCAGAUGUUUACGAGCAUACCUGGGGCUGAUUGGAACUGUCAUGACCCCCAACUUUGUCAGCAACGUCAACACCAGUGUUGCCUUAAGCUGCACCUGUCGAGGCAGUGGCAAUCUGCAGGAAGAGUGUGAACAGCUGGAAGGGUUCUUCUCCCGAAACCCCUGCCUCAUGGAGGCCAUUGCAGCCAAGAUGCGUUUUCACAGCCAACUCUUCUCCCGGGAUUGGGCAGACUCUACCUUUGCUGUGAUGGAACACCAGAACAGAAAUCCUGCUCUGAGGCCACUACCCUGGCUGCCCUCUCUUUUCUCCUGCAUACUUACCUUGAUUCUGCUCCUGAGCUUCUGGUAGACAACUUCCCUGGUGGCCCUAUUCCCCUCCCCCAUACCCAGCCAGACUUGCCGCCUGUGAGUGUUGGGGAUAGGACAGCAUCAGAAAGGACAUGUGGGGCAUAAAUGUGGCAACCCUGACACCACCCCGCAUGUCCAUCCAGUUAGCCCUAGAUGAGGCCACAGUAGGGGUUAUUACCUCCAGAUUCUUACUGGCUGGGUUCUUGUUCCCUCUACCCAUACCUCCACUUCUGAUUCGUGCUGUCCCUCCCUAGGACUUGGUGACCACAAUUUAGUCAUAUCUUCUGGUGGUGACCAGCUCUACCAAGCUCUCUCCUGAUCCUUUCCUCCCAACUACUAGGAUAACCCAGAGCCUAACAAAUCAGUUAUUCCCUUGUAUUUUCCAGGUAGGCAGGGCUGGGUGUCCUGAGGCAGCCUAGAAAGACACUGCCCACUAUUAGGAAGGCUAGAGCAACACUCCUGUCCCCUUCUCUCCUCCUCUGCUGCCUGCACUGCUCUGCCCCAGAUCCUGCAGAACAUUUGGCCACCAAGAGCUGAACCAUGGACUUUGCUUUAUUCCUACUACUAUCCCAAGUCCCCUGGCCUCUUGGAUCAUGAUUAAACACUUUGACUUAAGACCUCACUCCUUUCCCAUUUUCUCAAAUUGUGAAUUUAUUCAGAAUUAAGAGGUGUUACAGAUAGAAGAGCCCAGGCCAGGUGAUAAAGAGACACAGCAACCCUACCACCACUACCUGUAUAACUUCAGGCAAGUCUCACAGCCCCUCUGUAUUCUAGACGUGGAAUUGGAAGAAAAAAUAGCUUAUGUGAGGCUGUGGACCUGAGAUCUGUCCCAGCUCCAGCUAUUUCUGGGAUACUGCCUGGGUUCUGCCAUAGCAGCUGAGGUGGGGGCCGUUAGUCAACCAUAGCAUUUAUUCAGCACCUGCUCUAGAUCAUAAUGGGGGCCAGAGGGAAGCAGAGAUUGGUCUUUGAUUUCAGGUAAUUUGUAAUCCUAUUGAGAUGAGGAAACACCCACCCAUGCAAAGUAGUUGGAAGAAUACAUUUACAGAGCUAUGGAUAUUUGUCUAUUAAUUUAUUCACUCACUCUUUCAACAAGCACCUAAUGAGUUUUGGCUCUGCAAUACCCUGUGCUGAGUGCAAAAGAUUCCAAGGUAAUAAGACUCAGAUCUUUUUUUUAUUCUUUUUUAUUGAGACAGAGUCUCACUUUGUUGCUGUUGGUAGAGCGCUGUGGCAUCACAGCUCACAGCAACCUCAAACACUUGGGCUCAAGCAAUUGUCUUGCCUCAGUCUCCCUAGUAGCUGGGACUACAGGAACCUGCCACAGUGCCCAGCUAUUAUGUUGUUUGUUUCAGUAGGUCUGGGCUGGGUUCAAACCCACCAGCCCCGGUGCAUGAGGCCAGCACCCUAACCACUGAGCUAUGGGCACCCAGCCAAAACUAAGAUCUUCUUUUCUUUUCUUUUUUUGCAGUUUUUUUUGGCCGGUGUGGGGUUUGAACCUGCCACCUCUGAUAUAUGGGGCCAGCGCCCUACUCCUUGAGCCACAGGCGCCGCCCUUAAGAUCUUAUUUUCAUAUCUUUUAUGCAUCAGAGCAGUUAAACAAGAUGGUGAAUAAGAGCAAAUGUAGUAUGAUAAGUGCUAUAGAAUAAUUAUGAUAAUAACCCUCAUUUAUUGAGCCUCUACUGUGUGCCAAGUACUAUGGUGCACUGUGUGCAUGUACGUGCAUUAAUUCAUUUAAUCGUCCAACAACACUUGUCUUUGUCAGUCACAGGCUAUGUGACCUUGGGCUUAACUUCUCUGGGCCUCACUAUCCAUGUCUGUAACAUGGAAAAGCAUGGAACCCACCUCAUAAAGAAUGAGGUAAUCCAUGUAAAAGCAUUGUGCCUGACACAGUAAGAACUCAAAAAAGUUAAUAAUUAUACAAUGUGGUUUUUAUAGAGAAUUUGAACAAACUAUAGGUAAUUCUAAAGAAGAAAGCAAAAUUUUUUAAAUCCCACUCUUAAACUUCCUAACUGCUCCCUGCACAUCUGGGACCUUGAGAAUCUAUGGAUAUGUAUAAUUUUACAUAAGUGGGGUCACACACUGUGUGUCAAAGUGAAAAUCACAGAUAUCUUUUAGCAUCCAUAUAGAAUUGAGCUAUAUCUGGGCAGCGCCUGUGGCUCAGUCGGUAGGGCGCCGGCCCCAUAUACCGAGGGUGGCGGGUUCAAACCCGGCCCCGGCCAAACUACAACCAAAAAAAAAAAAAUAGCCGGGCAUUGUGGUGGGCGCCUGUAGUCCCAGCUGCUCGGGAGGCUGAGGCAAGAGAAUCGCUUAAGCCCAGGAGUUGGAGGUUGCUGUGAGCUGUGUGAGGCCACGGCACUCUACUGAGGGCCAUAAAGUGAGACUCUGUCUCUACAAAAAAAAAAAAAAAAAAAAAGAAUUGAGCUAUAUCAUUAUUUUUAUCAGCUGCAUGACAUAGACUUGUAAGAAUGCAUAUUCAUACAUGCAUAGUUUAUUUAAGCACCAGUUCUACAUUGAUGGACAUUUGGUUGUCUUCCCAUUCUUCUCUGAGUUAAGUUGUUUUUGUUUUUCCAGAAAAAAUCUUACUCUGUCUCCAAGACUAGAGUACCAUGGCUUCAGCCUACUUCACAGCACCACAAACUCCUGAGCUCAAGCAAUCCUCCUGCUUCAACUUCAGAAGUAGCUAGGACAACAGGCACAUGCCACCACACCCAACUAAUUUUUUUAUUUUUCAGUAGAGAUGGAGUCUCACUCAGGCUUUGAACUCUUGACUUCAAGUGAUCCUCCUGCUUUGGCCUCCCAGAGUGAUAGGAUUUUAGUCAUGAGCCACUGUGUGAUCCCUCUAAGUUUUUUUUUUUUUUCAAUUGAGACAGAGUUUCACUUUGUCACCCUCGGUAGAGUGUUGUGGCAUCAUGGCUCACAGCAACCUCAAACUCCUGGGCUCAAGCGAUUCUCUUGCCUCAGCCUCCCAAGUAGCUGGGACUAGAGGUGCCUGCCACAAUUCCCGGCUAUUUGUUUGUUUGUUUGUUUAGCAGGCCUGGGGCCAGGUUCAAACCCACCAGCCCCGGAGCAUGUGGCUGGUGCCCUAACCACUGAGCUAUGGGCGCCCUAAGUUUGUGUUUUUGUGUUGUUGUUUUUUUUGAGACAGAGUCUCAAGCUGUUGCCCUGACUAGAGUGCUAUGGCAUCAUAGCUCACAGCAAACUCCAACUCUUGGUCUCAAACAAUCUUUUUGCCUCAGUUUUUUAAAUUAUUUUUAGUAGAGACAGGGUUUUGCUUUUGCUCAGGCUGGUCUCCAACUCAUGAGCUCAGGCAAUCCACUUGCCUCUGCCUCCCAGAGUGCUAGGAUUAUAAGCAUGAGCUACCUCGCCUGGCUGAGUUAAUUUUUAAGGCAAUGAGGUAGGUGACUGUGAGUACCAUGUGCACAGAGUUUCCAGAGUGGUGGGUGGAAUAGGCAAACCUUUCUACAUAUAUUUUUAUAUCUGCAUAGCCUGCCCAGCCCCUGAAAACAUUCAGCCAGGCUGCCUCCCUGCAAAUUCCAGUGGGGCACCGGGUGGGUCGACCUUUCUUCCUCCUGCUUCCCCUUCCAGGAAGAUCUCUGAGCAGUCAAGUCCUCUCCAAUUGCCUUGGCUCCAUUAGCCUGAGGCUGGGGGUGUGAAUGGUACAGUCAUUCCUUGCUAAGUGCCUGAAUUAGACUAAUAGGUCAUCUAUGCUUUUCUCUGAAGAAGGUCCAAAUUUCUGGUAAACAACCAGACCACUCUUCUAGUCCAGGGCCCAGAGCCAAGACCCUGGGUGGGAGUGUAUUGGCUAGACUAAAGCUUUUAAUGGUAUCAUGGCUGGCUGGGAUGGUUAAUGCCAUUAGACUAACUUCUGAGCAGCGAGGUGGGAAGGGCUGCUGGCAAUACUGGUAGGUGGAGAAUUACAGGCUGUCCACGGUUGGGGUGGAGCAGACUAUCUUUUAAACACUUACCUCCAAAUUCACCCAUCAUUCAACAAGCACUUGCCCUGUCCCAGGACUUGAGUAUUUUUAAAAGAGGCAGUAUCUGUCUCUGCCUAUUCAUGUUCCACCAUGUUAAUGAAGGGGCAGCUCAGGACUCUGACAACUAGACCUCUAAGUUGGGCAGUUGAGACUCUUCAGUUAUCCUGGUUGAUUGUAACACUCAGCUAUUUGACCUUGGGAAACACUCUUCACCUUUCUGAGCCACUGUUCCCUCAUCUAAGGUGGAGAUGCCAAUAGAAUACCUAACUUAAAGUGUUGCAGUUUUUUUUUUUUUUUGAGACAGAGUCUCACCAUGUCACCCUGGGUAGAGUGCUGUGGCGUUACAGCUCACAGCAACCUCAAACUCUUGGGCUUAAGCAAUUCUUUUCCCUCAGGCUCCCAAGUAGCUGGGACUACAGGCACCCGCCACAACAUCUGGCUAUUUUUUGGUUGCAGUUGUUUAGCUGGUUGGAACCCGCCACCCUCGGUCUAUGUGGCUGGCGCCAUAACCACUGUGCUAUAGGUGCUGAGCCAGCAGGGUUUUUUUGUGUGUUUUGUUUUUUUGAGAUAGAGUCUCAUUUGGUCACCCUCGGUAGAGUGCUGUGGCGUCAUAGCUCACAGUGACCUCAAACUCUUGGGCUCAGCCUCCCGAGUAGCUGGGACUACAGGUGCCCUCCACAACACCUGGCUAUUUUUAGAGACCAGGUCUCAUUCUGGCUCAGGCUGUUCUUGAACCUGUGAGCUCAGGCCAUCUACCCACAGUGCUAGGAUUACAGGUGUGAGCCACUGUACCUGGCCCUACUUUGUUUUUAAUAAAUACAAUAUCAGCAAUUUAAUUUCAGCCAUAAGACUAAUAGACAAUAUAAAGUAAUGAUUCUACUAAUUAUGCUAGUUUUGGUUAGCAAUUUUUUGGCUUCCUAUUACUAUAAAAGCUUAUAAGCAUGAUAUAUAUACACACACAUAUAUAAUUUGGAUAAUGAAAGGUAUAUAUAUUUAAUUUAGAUUAAUAGUAAAAAAAUAUUUAAAACCAUCUCAAGAUUGUUGUGAGGACUAGAAAUUUUCAUGAUACUUAGCAUCAUGCCUGAUACAGAAUGAACACUCAGUAAAUGGCAGGCAUUACUACUGUUAAUUCUAGGAGGGGAACUGUAGAUACCCUGUAUUCUGCUUCCUGCCUUGGAACAGUGGUAAGGUGAUAGCUGCUGACUCCCCCUCCAUUGGCUGCCCCUGAGAAACUUUCUUUUCAAAGUCUGAACUUCAGGAUGGAAGCCAGAACUUUGGAUCUGUAGCACAGACCCUGUGGCACCUUGAACAGAUUAUGAAGGCAGAGGAAGUUAGCAUCUUAUGCAAAGGUCUUUGGGCUGCAAGUAACAGAAACGUUGGAAUUACUUAGUAAAAAGGGAAUGUCAUGCAACCUGAUCCCAGGGAGUUCAGUCAGGUAUUGGGAAAGCUAGGACUGGUGAGCCAGGAAACAGAGUCUUGAGCCCCAUCCCUGAAGGUGUGAUGUCUUGGGCCAUGUGCUGCAUUCCUUCUGCAGACCUACUCCUCUGCAUGACCUGCCAAGCCCAGUGACUGUAGCUGCCUGAUCUCCCACCCCAAUUGCAAAUCCACGGAGGGAAGAAAUUUGAUUGUCUGGGUUCAGUUGUAAAUUGGCUUUUCUGGGUCCAGAGUCCAUCCCAGGCCUAUUAACUGGGUAAAAGAAACAUAAAGACAAACACUACUAACUUAAUUACAGGAUCUCAGACCUAUUAGUUGAAGGCAGUUCUCAGAGAAGGCCCUGUCGCUCAGCAGAAACCCUAGAACCACAGACUUUUGUCAGAGAACUGAGGCAGAUUUUAACAAUCACCUGAGGUGUAGCUCUGCUUCUUCUGUGGCUUCCUGCCAGGCUUAGGAACAUCUUGUCUGUGUUUCCUUCUUGAAUUCCCUGAAAGGGUGGAAUGUAGGAACGCAGGCCAGGCUCUGUGAAGGACCUCUGGGUCUCAGAACUACCCUGUGAGCUGGAUCUGAGUUGAGGUUGUUUAUGGCUACAGAAGGAGACUUUGCUACUGUCAGGCUUACUAGAUUUCUGGCCCUGGCAGUUGAAGAGGAAGGCAAAGUGAAGAGGAUCUGAUAUACUACCGCAAAUAUGCCACUUUAGCAUAAGAUCAUGUUGAGCUGAAGACAACUGAGAAUCAACAAAAGCAGGAAGUUAUCUCUGCCCUCUCCUUCUUUGCCUGAAAGCAGGGCACAAAUUUCCUCCCCGUGCCUGAGUGAGAAAAGUGACUCUUAUCAUCAAAAAUGAUGAAUUGACACCAAGAUGAGUUUUCAUAAACAGACCUUCCUAAAAUAGCACUUAUCUUCCAUUAGUUCCUCCCAUAUAUUUUGUAGUUACUUCCCCACAAUUCACCGUCCCUUGAAGCCCAAAUAUUUCUUUUGUUAAAAGGGUAUGUAACUAAUGGCUUCUUCAAAUUUCACUUCUUUUCUGUUACCUCCUAUACAUAUAAAUAUUAAUAAAAAUUGUG